CUUUAACACACACAAAUCAGAUCCAGCUCUCGGCCGCCGGCGUGCGACCUCGUCUGCGCCACUAAACCGCCGUCUCCGGUCACCAACUUCAGCUCUGUCAAAUUCACCCUCACAUUCAAUCAUGGCAACAAAAACUCAUGCUGAUAAUUCUCAAGAAGAAAUUCUGUCAGCCAUAAAAAGUUUAAGGUUGGAACUUCACAACAACAGAGAAGAGUAUCUUGCCUUAUCAGACCGGGCGGAUCGGCUGUUUUCGGCAUUGGAGGCCAAGGUAGACGGAGACGCAAUUUUUGCCAAACUUCAGAGGCCAACAACAGAGAAGAAGGCCAAACUUCGGAUCGAUCCUCCAAAAUUCAACGGAGACGACCCAUCAGACUGGAUUUACAAGGUGCAGUCCUAUUUUGACUAUUUCGAAACGUCGGAAAAGGAUCGUCUACGCUUAGUUGGACUACUGUUUGAACACCGGGCGUCCAAUUGGCUCCUUCACCAACACGAUAACAAUUUGCUGACAACAUGGCCUGAAUUCUUGGAGGCCGUGACACAGAGAUUCGACCCUCCCCGAGCGUUGAAAGUGACAGGUACGAUUUCAGGGGUGUAUGUCCAAACCUUAAUAUGUGGCAGCAGUACACAUAACUUCAUCCAGCCCGGUACUGUCAAGAAAUUUAGGAUGUUGGUUAUGCCAACCAAUCCUUUCCGUGUUUCUGUGGGCAAUGAGUCGACAUUUCUAUGUAAAGAAAAGUGUUACUACGCCAAGUUAUCACUCGGAGGGGAUGAGUUUGUUGUUGAUUUAUUUGUGCUCCCCAUUACUGGUCCUGAAGUGGUCUUAGGAGCUCCGUGGCUGAAGAGUUUGGGUGAGAUUUACCGAAGCUACGACGACCAGGCGAUGGAAUUUAAGCAUAAAGAUAAGCUGGUUACAUUACGCGGAGUUUGGGAGGACGGACGGAAAAUUUUCUACAAUGCAAUGAAGGAGUAGGAAUGUUUCUAAAUCAACUAUGGAAGAAGACAUUAGUAUCUGUCAUAGUUGAUUUAUUCUUCCAUUUGUUAUCUUUAUUUGAGAUUGUCUUUUCAGUAACUAAUCAUUGGUUUGUUAUUUUAUUCCAAGUAAGUUAGGAUUUCGUUUUUAGUA